AUGGCUGAAGAACGUCAAGGUCUAUCGACAUUAGGCGAAGAUGAAGAACGAUCUGGCAUAGAUGUGACUACCGGAACGAUCAUUCGUGCUGAUCAACAAGAUGAGUUAGAACCAUUAGACGAACUUGAAGAUCUUGCACCAAGCGUAAAAACCGAUGCAAACAAAUUUCGUAUGCUAUGCGAUAAUGUUCAAAAUAGCUAUUCGGAAAUUGAUAAUUCGAUGUUUGAGUUGCUUGAGUUAAAAGAUAAUUUGCUUCUUCAAUUUCUACCACCCAAUGUAUCAACACGAAUAACACUAGUUAUAUCACGAUUGUACCGUUCAUAUUCAUUAUCUCAAAUUCCCAUCAAUGAACUUGUUCGGCUCGUUCAAUUAUACAGUCAACCAUUUGAUAUGAAAAGCAUCGCACUGAAGAAACUCUACGAAAAUAAUGAAAUGAAAAAACGAAUGCUUAAUAUUGCUCUACAAAGAUUAACAACAAUGGAACAUCAAGUUAAACGUCAUACACAUUUGAAAUGUGUUACUAAUUGGGAGAAAAUGUAUAUUCGUCUUGCAUUACCACGAUCAAAUGUACGCAAAUGGAAAUUUCGAUUAAAAACAUUUCGAGAAACAGCUCAUCUUGGUUAUGAACAUGUGAUCGCAUGGAUUCACGCAAACGCACCUCGGUCGGCAUCAGACUCCGAAAAUGCAUCGAAAGAUGAACCUGUUGAUGAUGAAGAUGAAAUCGGAGAUGCCGAUCGAAUUGAACCAUCAGGUGAUAUUGUCAGUGUACCAGAAAUCGAUGAACAACAACAACGAAUAGAACAAGGCUCAGAUUUCGGUGAUGACAUUGAGAGUGAUAAUGAAGGAAGCUUUCUAAGUAGCGCCGGAAAGCAAAGAAACAAACUGGCAGCCGGAUCCACUGAAGCAAAAGAAGCCAAACCAGCUCAACAACAAACAACAGUAACGAAAGUCGAUGUUGAUAUACAAGCACGGCCUACUGUCGACGAUCAGCAGACAUCAACUGGAGACAUGCUUUCAACAAAAUCACUGAUUAUACGUAUAUAUCGACCUGUUGGACUUUUGAAAGCUAAAUUUCAAUGUAUUAUUCAUGCUCAACAACAAAAAUUCACAACAACUGUAUUCGCGUUUGAUAAACCAAAUAGUUCAAAAGAAGAUAGUUCGAAAACGAAAGGACGCCUAUCAACAAGUCGAAUAUCAAAACCACCCGAUCCAAAAGCUAAAAAGCGUGGCGUAGAUUCAGUAACACCCGAUGAAGUUGACGUCAAUACUAUUGAUAAACAGCAAUCCGAUGAAAUCCUUGUUCCUAUGCCAAGUGUUCUUAAACGUCGGUCCUUAUUUGAAACUGAAGUUGAUCCUGAUUCUAUACAAAUCGAACUUUUCGGGGAUGAAAAACUUUGUGGAUCAGUCAUUCUUUCGCCUGAGGAUUUACGAAUGCUUGAUCUGCCCAGUUUAAAUAGUCCAACAUCUGCACCUUUGAUAGUUAUUGACGACAGUGUAUCUAGCAUAUUACAGGCCUUGUCGCCCAAGGAACAAUUUGAUUUCGAUCAACAAUCAAGUGAAGUCUAUAAAUUAUGGAUUUCUCGUACACCACAAACAUUUGCAGUUUAUAAUGAAAAACGUGAAUCUGUUGCUAAAAUACCUUUGCAAAUGUUUUGGUAUAACAAAGUUGAAAUCACUCAUGCAACUAAAUGCACAAUGACUGCACCGUUGGAAAUUCAUGUACCACCACCACUACCACCGCCGCCGCCGCCGCUACCACAACAACAAUCAACCACUGUGUAUGUACCUCAAAUUCCUACUCCAAUUGAAACACAAGACAAAGCUCUAUCACCAUUUACAAGUACACCGAGAGUUGGCAUUGAUGAAAGUACAGAACCAGCUCCUAGCCGUCUAACAAAUGUUGGCGAUAGUACAGAAGCAAUCCAAGCAACUUAUGAAGAUAAAAUAAGUAGACUUCAUGAAAGUUAUCAAGCAGAAAUCCGUCGGCUAACUAAACUUCUUAAUGAAGGUCCAUCUCAUCGGUCAAGUCAGAUGGCUGAAUUAUCUGAAUUAGAAGAAAACAUGCGUGAAAGUAUUGACGAACCGUCUGAUUUGGAAACUCGACGACAUGGCAGACAACAAACCAAACGUGAAGUUGUCUUCGACAAUCAACCACCGCCAGUUUACGGAAAGGGUCUUCCGAAAAAAUUUCUUGAUCGUUAUCAUAUGUUUCUGGAACGUAGUAUGGCACAUCGCAAUCAAUUAGUGUCCAAAGUUGAACAAGACGCCGCACGUACUGUAGAACGUCAAAUGGAAAUUCAACAUCGAUUACAUAGACCAGAACAAAACGAAGAACGCUAUGAUGAUUUAUGUCUACCAGCGGUUUUCAUGCCUUUUCGUUCUGGAAAUGUUUUCAAUCCAAGAGCCUAUCGAUUCUUUCAUCAUGUUGGUUCAACUGAUCCUCGUCUCACUCAGACACCAUCCAUAUUUAAACUUCCGCCGCUUCCAUCAGGCUCCGUAUCUGUAUUAAAUCUUUUCGAAUUAAGUCGAUGUUACGAAGCAGCUAGUGGAAAAGAGCGUACUAUUGAUAAAACAACAAGUCAAUCAUCUCAACCGGGUCAACCGCCAGCACCUCCGACAACGCAAACAUCAAAUUAA